UUAUGCUCAACCCUGGCUACGGUCCUUCAAUAUUUUUAAAAAGAAGUUUUGUUUAAGAACUGUAAAACUGUAAUUUUGGGAUGAGAAUGUAUUUGCAUCACGUUCACCACACAGCAUGCAGUUAACUUUUAAGGGUUCCUUUCCGACGUUCACCCCUGUCCCUUUUUAUGGGAGCCCCUCAUCAGCACCACUGCACACCCACCCCCACCCCUUCCAAAUCAUCCCAGGUAUAGAUCAUUAUUUACACCGUACUCAUAUCUCUGUUAACAUUGGCUGAAAAUGUGCAGCUUAUUCAAGCUGUCAUCGAUGGUUAUACACAGCUGAGGCAUUUUCUCGACGUUCGUGUGCUGGGGACACAAACUCGCCCCAAGUAUCUGAAUCAUCUGUUUCCAGUCCCCCAUUUUGCGCAGCUUUAAUUUGCGAUUUGACAUAAACUUGGUUUUAGGCUACCCUUGAACAGUUCUUUUUAACAAUAUGUAUAGAUUUUUACAACAUGUUUAAUAGUGUCAGUAAAGGUUGAAAGAAACCAUGGAAGGGGAGUCUCUUGAACGUAAUUUUCGACCUUGGGUCACAUGAAAUGGAUGAAAUAUAUAUAGCAGAUUCUUCAGGCAAGACAUGAUCUCAGAAGAACAGAGACUAAACUCACCUGAGCUAUACGCUCGAGCAAGAUUGGAAGUCCGAGUUAACGGUGCUGAUCGCAAGCCACAUAAUCCACGUGCAACAUGGAACAACCUUCUUGAAGCCAUUUUGAACUGUGGCGAGUCAUGAGCGGGUUUGGAGUCUAAGCGGGGGCGGGGUGGGGGCAUGGAAGUCCCUAUAAAGUUGUUUCACCGAAUGAUUCGCAUAAUAUUCUGAUAAAAAGGGAACAGAAAGGUUUCAAAUAAUAGUUAAGCUCAAUUAGUAGCAAUCUUUGUGUCGAAAAAUUAAUAAAGACUUCUCCAUUAUUUCUUAUUGGUAAAUUCCCUACCCCGCUCUUCUCAAAAGAAAACGCUUAGUAGCCCGGCCGGAAACGUGAUGACCUUGGUAGCCCGGCCAGCAUGAAAGGUCGCCAUCUUUGUUUUGUCUGAGAAGAAGUCUUCCUUCGAACUACGUAGUUCUUCGAAACACUAGGAACCAUGACUAGACACGCCAAAAAUUGUACUGCAGGAACAGUCUAUACGUAUCACGAGCGGCAAAAAGAUACCCAAAAGUCUGGUUAUGGUAGUAAAGCCGUGCGUUUGGGCAAAGAUUCUGUAAAGAACUUUGACUGUUGUUCUUUAACUCUCCAGCCUUGUCGCGAACCUGUUGUGACACCAGACGGGUUCUUGUACGACAGGGAAGCGAUUUUAGAGUGUUUGUUGCAUCAGAAAACUGAAGCAGCGAGGCAGAUGAAAGCUUUUGAAAAGCAAAAGAAGAAGCAAGAAGCUGAAAAAGCGGGCAAAGUGGAAGAAAAAGAGCGUUCCAAGGUGGAGUCGUUUGUGAGCAUGGAGAAACGUAUCACCACAAAGCCAACAAGUGCGUUCACCGUAACAAAGAAUGUCGCUGGACCUUCUGUUGUCAUGGAUGAACAACAGCCAUCUACAUCAAGUGCUGCAGUGAACUCUGAUGGCAACAAUAAAAAUCUUGCAAGUUUUUGGGUCCCAUCCUUGACACCACAGGCAAAGCCCACACUCCUAAAGAAGCCAGAUACCAAGACAUACUGUCCAAUGAGUGGGAAGCCCUUAAGAAUUAAAGAUCUUAUUCCUGUCAAACUAACUGCAAUUGAUGACAAAGAUGAUCAGCCAAUGGUAGCAAAGUCAGAGAGAUACAAAUGUGCAGUUACCCAUGAUGUACUCGGCAAUUCUGUUCCUUGUGCUGUUUUAAAGAACACUGGUCGUGUGGUGACCAUGGACUGCAUUGAAAAGUUGAUCAAGAAAGACAUGUUAUGCCCAUUUACUGGCGCUAAGUUGAAAGACAGUGAUAUCAUCCCACUGCAGCGUGGAGGAACAGGGUAUGCUGGAUCAGGGGUGCAGUUGGAGGCAAAGAAAGCAGGGCCAGUCUUGCAGGCAUAAACAAAAAAACAUUUGUCUCUCAGAUUUGGCUUUUGUAUAUCUGUGAUCUGUCUUGAGUAUUAUCCAACCCUCUACUUCCUCCAAUCUCUGACCCCAUAUUAUUUUUUUUUCUCAUGAGGAAUGGGAGCCAGGUAACAGUUUACUGAGUUAGAAAAUGUCAGAGAUUUAGGGUGGCCUUAGGCCUGAAAUCAGAACUUUUGUUUGUAUAUGUAGUAAAAAUAAUAAGUUCAAAGGUAGACUUUUAUUCAGUGGGCAUGCAUUGUAGCACAUUGAUUAAUAAUUAUUUACAUGUUCAGUAUUGACCAAUAGGACAAACAUGAAAAAGUAUGAAAUUUCUCUCAAACUACUUUUUAUGCUUGUGCACUCAAAACGUCCUGGAAAAUCUGUCUGAGUGUGUUUGUUUCAUGGAAGUCCUGUUUGCUAUUUCAAAAGUACAUUCCAAGAACUUUUGAUUAAGCUGGAUUUCUUACAUGCAGUAUUACAUGUAGUAGCAGGGCUUAAAUAGCCUACUUGAAAUAUCCGCUGUUUGUAUUGAUCCAAUAAAGUUUAAUCACAAAUAUGGUCUUUUUGAUUCGCUAUUAAAGCAUGAUUUAGUAAAUACAUUUUUUUCCUUGGUUUGAUUUGCA